UAACACAACUGAACGAGCUGCAUUUUAUCUUCAUAAGGAUGAAAAAAUAGAUAAAACAAGAUGUGCUGUCUUUGGAAAAUAAUCAUCAUCAGAGUGAAAAUACUCCUCGAUUUCCCAGAAUUAUUAUAAGAGCAAAAAGGCGACUGAAUCUGGAACGCCAUGUUCAAAAAGCACAUUUGUGUGAGUGUGUGGUAAGGUGUGCACAAACCUUUGUCCAUGUAGUGAAUUUUGAGCAGUAAUCAGAUCCAGGUACAGAUAACAUCAUUGUUUAACAGGCGUACAUCCCAUAAUGUGCACAAUAGUGACAUCCUGUCGAACACUUCCCAGUUUAACCGCACUACACCAGUUAAAAGGUCUCUUUAACGCUUGACACGCAGAAGACUAGCGACGCUGUGAUUCAGAGUCUUUUAUAGAGCAGAGAUGUCUCAGGCUGAUUCCGAAUAUGUGAACUACGCUAAGGAGAGAGGAGAGCGCAUCGAGAAGGUGAUGGGACUCUAUGAGAGAGGAGAUGCUGUUAGACAUCACAAGCCCGAAACCGAGACGGAGAAUGCCAACACGAAGACUCAACACGCAGGACUGACUACUGCGGGGGACAGAUGUUACAGACUGGCUGUUUUGUGUGUGCUGCUGCUGUGUCUUCUCCUGCUGAUUGCUACCACAGUGCUGUGGAUCGAAUUCACCAUCCUGACUACAGAAAAAGACCAGUUACAGUCCACAUACACCGCUCUUAUAAUAGAGCAAGACCGGUUACAGACCAGUUACAAUAAACUGACCGUAGAGAGAAAUCAUUUACGGACACGUUACAUGAGAAUGACUUUAGAGAGAGACCAGUUACAGACCAGUUACAACAACCUGACUAUAGAGAGAGACCAGUUACAGAGGGAGAGAGAUGGAUACCGGAGUACACUUGAUCUGUGUUAUAAAGGGAGGUGUUUCAACUUCGACUCCAGUGUUUACUGCAUGUCUAAUGAAACGAAGAUCUGGGAGGAGAGCAGACAGGACUGCACGAACAAAGGAGCAGACCUGGUGAUCAUAAACAGCAAGGAGGAACAGGUGUUCAUCGGUAAACAGCUGGGCAGCAGUCGGGCUUGGAUUGGUCUGAGUGACAGAGCUGCAGAGGGAGACUGGAAAUGGGUGGACGGUACACCACUGACCACUGCGUUCUGGGCUGAAUGGGAACCGAAUAAUGUAGGUGAAGAGGACUGUGCUGAGAUUUUCAGUUCAAAUGGGAACUUUUGGAAUGAUCAGAAAUGUUCUAAUAAUAAACACUGGAUCUGUGAGAGACGUGUUUCUCAGUGACGUGUAUCAUUUAAUAAUCAAAAGCACAUACACAAAUUGAACCAAAUAUAUAUAUAUAUACUUAAAAAGUAUAAACAAGAGUAUUUUGAUGAUGAUUGUGUUUCAGUUUCAGUUUCUUGUCAUGAAAAAUGAUUCAGGUAAAAAAACAACAUUUAAAUAAAAAAAAUUAUAGAACAUUUGUGGCAUUACAGCGUGGUUCUUCCGUAAAGAAUAAACAGUGCAUUUAGAGGAAAAUAAUCAGUGAUGGGGUGGUGUGAUGUUGUCAUGGAAUCCAAGGAGUCAGAUACAAGUGCAGAAUUUAAACAGCUCGGCAGCAAUGAGGCUUUGAUUGGUCUGAGUGACAGUGACACAGAGAGGGUGUGGAAACAAGUGGACGGUACGACCCUGACCACUGCGUAAG